AUGGCUCUUCACGUAGAGUAUCCCGAAUUUCCCCCAAAGGUCGACAUCAGGUGCCAAAUUUACGAUGUCCUUCCGAAUACCUCGUCUACCGACUGGGCCGACGUUGAUGCUAGCAAGGUGGGAUUGAGCGUCGUCACUGAGCUGUUCGAAGGCCUCCAGAGAAUACACCAACCUUCCGUUGCCAAGCUAUUCACUGGCAAUGCCACAGGGGCGCACUGGAAGGAUACGCUCGCAUUGACGGCUCAUCUACGGACCUUCAAUGGCGGCAAGACGGUCGCCGCCGCGCUCGUGGAGCUCAGCCACCUGCGGAGGAUGACUGCGGUAGAGUUUGGUGCAGCGCAAGUAGUGAAGGCGAAUGAGGAGCUAGCGUGGGUCGACUGUAGCUUUUACUUCAGCACGGAAUCCCCGAAGGCACGAUGUAGAGGAAAGCUCAUGCUAAUCCCCGACGGGGCUGACGGAGAAUGGAGGAUCUGGUCGAUGAGCACAUGGUUGACGAACUUCGAAGACCACUUGGAGGACGAGACUCUGUUGCGGCAUCCUUCGACACCAUUGCCCGCGGAGACCGACUUUCGAACCGAUGUGCUCGUCAUCGGGGGAGGCAACGCUGGUGUCAUUCUGGCGGGAAGACUCAAGGCGCUCAACGUCGACUAUGUCGUCGUCGACCGAAACAAGCAGGUUGGGGAUAACUGGCGCUUGAGAUAUGACUGCAUGCGCUUUCACACCUUCAAGUCUUUCUGUCAAACUCCAUACAUCCCAUAUCCCGACGAGGCAAGCGAUGCUUUGACGAAAGACGAGCUGGCCGACCAGAUUCACGCCUUCGCUCACGAAUUUGACCUAAACCAACGGAUACUUCACCAGUCCUCGAUUGUUGCCACCUCGUAUGACGCGGGCAAGAAGCUGUGGAGCGUAAGAAUUGCUAACGGCGUACGGGGAUGGGUCAACGUGCCUGAUCUUCCGGGUCGUGAUAAGUUCAGGGGCGCUAUCAUCCACUCGACAGAGUAUGGUAAUGGAAAACAGCUAGUAGACGCUGGGGCCAAGUCUGUGAUCGUGGUUGGCUCCGCAAAUACCGCAUUUGACAUCAUGCCAGACUGUCACAAGGCCGGCCUCCAGACGACCAUGAUCCAGCGAUCACCAACUUACGUUGUUCCGAUGUCGUACUUCGCCCAUCCCAUGGGGCUCGGGGCGUACGAAUUUCUCCCCAUCGAAGAUUGCGACGCUGUUGUCAGUGGAGGGCCUCUGGCAGUUGGAGGUCCUCUGCUCGCCCUUUGCCACGGCAUGCAGGCGAUGGAGGAGCCAAAACGAUAUGACGAAGUAAGAAGGGCAGGUCUGCAGGUCGAAGACUCACUCACAGGCGACCUUUUGAUCAAUCUCAUCGAUCGUUGCGGCGGGCAUUUUGUCGAUAUGGGCAAGGGCAUUGAGCUCAUUACCACCGGCCAAGUGGGCAUCCGCUCGGGGGUCGUUCCGGCAGGCUAUACAGCUGAUGGCGUGCUUUUGAGUGACGGCAGUGAGGUAAAGACCGAUGCUGUUGUUUGGUGCACAGGCUUCGGAAAUUUGGAUGUCAGGAAGAGUCUCCCGGAUAUCCUCGGAAAGGGGGCGAAGCAGUUCGCCAGCAAGAUGGAGUCGACGUGGGGUGUAGACGCCGAAGGAGAGACUCGUGGACUCUGGAAGCGCCAACCUGACGUGGACAAUAUCUACGUGUUCGCCGGUGGAACAGGCCAGCACCGAUGGUUUUCGAAGGUGAUUGCUUUACAGAUCAAGGGAAUGCUGGAGGGAAUUUUCCCGGAGGCGUAUCGGCGGACUCCUGGGGUUGAAGAGACGGCCCCUAAGGAGACUAAUGGGGUUCAUUUGCACUCUAACCUGUGA